GAGCUUCUCACACAAUCUCAAAGCAAAACAUUGCAAAUUCUCUUGUUAAUCCAUUCAGAUAUGGCCUCAAGCAAAUCAUUCUUCACAGUUUUCCUUCUUGCUCUGACCUUCUCGAGCAUGACAAACAUGAGCCUAGCAACUCGCCUUCCCAGACCAAAUUUUUCAAACAUUCCCACUGUGCCUAAACCAGCUUUGCCACCUUUGCCAAUACAGCCUUAUAAACCAACAUUGCCACCUUUAUCUGUCCCACCUCUUCCCACUCUUCCGCCAAUUCCACAUAUCACUCUUCCACCUUUAUCAGUCCCACCUCUUCCCACUCUUCCACCAACUCCACAGAUCACUCUUCCACCCUUAUCUGUCCCACCUCUUCCCACUCUUCCACCAACUCCACAGAUCACUCUUCCGCCUUUAUCUGUGCCACCUCUUCCUACCAUUUCACCUCUUCCACAGAUUACUCUCCCACCAACGCCACCCACCACUCCCUGAAUGAUUUUCUACUCUUCCUGUAUCAAUAAUGUUGAAUAAGCACUUAGCAUUGGAGUUUGGUUCCAGCUUCCAGUGAUCAUUAGCUGUAUUUCGUGUUAUUAGACAUGUGAUGGUGUUAUAUUAUUCACUUGUUGUGUAGUAUUUAUUUCAACCUUUCAUUUUCGUUUGUUCUUCCAUCUAUUGUAUUUGUAUGCGUUGAAUUUUUUUUUCUUCCCCGUUGUUACUUCAUGUUCUUGGACACCUGUUGUUACAAGAUACGCGCCAAUGGCGCCAUAAUAAAUUGAAUAAAUAAUAUAUGUUUUUCUAAGUUGUU